AUGGCUACGUUAGCCGCUGAAUGCGAUAGGUUUAAAAUAGACGUAAUUGGCAUUAGCGAAGUCAGAUGGAAUGGUACAGGUGAAUUCACAAACCAAAAGGGAGGUGUACUUAUGUACUCCGGCAUGCCCGACGAACAAGACCCUCACAUCCGAGGCGUUGCAGUUUACGUAAGAAAAAAUGUUAAGCACUCAAUCUUAUGCUGGAAAGCUAUAUCCGAAAGAAUAAUAGUAGUACGUUUUCGCGCAAAGAAAUUCAAUAUGUCUCUAGUACAAUGCUAUGCUCCAACAGAAGAUAGUCCACUUGACCAAAAAGAAGUUUUUUACAGUGCGCUAGAAAGAACGCUCUCUGAAAUUCCUAGAACCGAUGUAAUUAUUCUUAUGAGCGAUUUCAAUGCGGAAAUAACUCAGAGUAUCGAACUAGGAUCCCUAUUUCCUCAUAAAACGUGUCACAAGGUCACUUGGAAGUCCCCCGCUGGCAACUUCGAAAGUCAAAUUGAUCAUAUCUGCAUUUCAAAACGAUGGAGUAAAGUUCUAUGUGAUGUCAGAAACAAAAGAAGCGCUGAUAUCGACAGUGACCACUAUUUAGUGGUGGCCGAACUGAAAUUUAAUAUACCUAAACAUAGGUAUGAACACCCGCAGCAUACACGGCGCACGUAUAAUACCACAAAGCUUAAUGUUGGAGCGGUAAAGAAUGAAAUGAUCGAACGUAUUAACAACGUCAGUUUGAUGGAGGAUGCUUCUAUUGAGGAAACGUGGCUUCAUAUUAAAACAAAUCUCGAAGAGAUCUGCAAGGACACACUAGGCUACCGUAAAAACGAGCAAAAGGAAUGGUUGUCGGCAAACUCUUGGGAGCUCAUUGCUCAGAGAAGAAGUCUCAGUAGACAGAUCAAGAAAGCAGUCAAAAGCGACAAGAGAAACUAUUACGUUGAACUAAGCAUGAAAGCGCAAGCAGCAUCAGAAAAGGGCGACAUGAAGGAGCUGUUUAAGUUAACUAAACAACUAGGUGGAAUAUCUUUCCAAAGCAGCGCUCCAAUUGAAAAUGAAAACGGACAGCUGGUGUUUGCUAAGAACGAGCAGGCAGAAGUUUGGAAAAGACAUUUUGAGAAAACCCUAAAUAUCAUACACAACGAAAGUGGCGAGCUCACAAUACCAAGACAUCUAAAUCCUAACAGACAAAUAGAUACAAGGGCACCUAGCGUUAACGAAAUAAGAGGUGUAAUCAUUAGCAUGAAAAGUGGUAAAGCACCAGGUUUUCGCCCUGGGCACUCGUGCAUCGACCAAAUUAACACGAUUAGAAUACUUAUUGAACAAGCCUCAGAAUGGAAUGCAACCUUGUAUUUAACAUUUAUUGAUUUUGAAAAGGCUUUCGACGCGCUUAAGAGAAGUUACAUAUGGAUGGCGUUAAACGCUAAUGGUAUCCCUAAUAAGAUCAUUAAUAUUCUCAAGAAGAGCUACGAAGGGGCCACGAGUAGAGUUUUACAUGAAGGUACUCUUAGCGACAGCUUUAAUUGCAACAGUGGAGUGCGACAGGGUUGCGCCCUUUCACCGUUACUGUUUAUCACAGUCCUAGACGUCGUUUUAGAAGCUGUAGAAGAAAGCCCAAUCGGCAUUGGUUGGAAGCUGAAUCAAAAGCUUGGUCAUCUUGAAUAUGCAGACGAUGUAGUACUGUUAACAAACAGACACACUGAUAUGCAAACUCUUGUUAAUAACGUAUGUGAGCAGUCAUAUAAAGUCGGCCUAAAAAUUAACGCCUCAAAGACAAAAACAAUGAGAACAAAAGCAAGCAAUCAAUCGCCCAUCCUUCUGUACGAUCAAAACAUUGAAGACGUGCAGGAACUCGAAUACCUGGGGAGUAUAGUCAACAGCGAGGGUGGCACGUCAAAGGACAUCGGCAGUAGAGUAAAAAAGGCAAAUGGCUCUUUCGCAUCGCUUAACAAAAUCUGGAAAGCCAACAAUGUAAGCGUCGAAACUAAAAUCAGAAUAUUCAACGCCUGCGUCAAAUCGACAUUAUUAUAUGGGUGCGAAAUAUGGUCGCUAACGAGAGCCUCGACUCAGAAGUUACAAUACUUUGUCAAUAAAAGCUUACGGCGUAUUCUGAACAUAUGGUGGCCUGCAAGAGUCUCCAACGAAGUGCUAUGGCAGCGUACCAAACAAAAGCCAAUAGAGAAAGAAAUUUUGAGACGCAAAUAUGGCUGGCUCGGCCACACACUUAGAAAACCGACAGAUGCAAUUGCCCACGCAGUCAUGGAAUGGAACCCACAAGGAGUAAGGAGACGAGGUCGUCCCAAAACCACCUGGCGAAGAACAGUGGCAGCAGAAACAAGCAAAUCCUUUAACCAGUUACGUUUUACUGCCAGAAACAGUAGGAAUGGAAGAAGUUUAUAA